UUCAGCUUCUCCUUUGUGGAACUACUGAGAACCGGCUGGUGCAACCGUCACUAUGGGCAGGGUCAUCUUCUAUGAGGACAGGAACUUCCAGGGUCGCUCUUAUGAGUGUAAUAGCGACUGUGCUGACUGGACCUCCUAUCUGAGCCGCUGUCACUCCUGUAGAGUAGAGAAUGGAUGCUUCAUGAUGUACGACCGUCCCAACUACAUGGGAAACCAGUAUUUCUUUAAGAGGGGCGAGUAUGCUGAUUACAUGUCUAUGUUUGGAAUGAGCGACUGUAUCAGAUCCUGUCGUAUGAUCCCCAUGCACAGAGGAUCCUACAGAAUGAGGAUCUAUGAGAGGGAGAACUUCAUGGGUCAGAUGCAUGAGAUGAUGGACGACUGUGACAACAUCAUGGACCGCUACCGCAUGUCUCAGUGUCAGUCCUGUCAUGUGAUGGACGGCCACUGGCUCAUGUAUGAGCAGCCUCACUACAGAGGCAGGAUGUGGUACGUCAGGCCUGGAGAGUACAGGAACUUCAGCAAUAUGGGUGGCAUGAGAUUCAUGAGCAUGAGGCGUAUCAUGGAUUCCUGGUAUUAG